UGUAAGGGUCAAGUUGAAUUUUAUAAGAAAAUCGUCGACUGAUUAGAUUUUUAUUUCUCUUAUCAGUGUUAGAACAUUAUAUAUAAAUAACCAAAGAUUAACAGAAGCUAGUUCUUAUAAAAACUUUGUUAACGAUACAGAUGCCCUUAAUAAGCAAUUCUUAAUUAAAGGUUUUAGAUUCUUCAUUCAAUUCACUCUUGUGUUAAUUGCAUUCUAUUAAAAUGGAUCCUGCCCACGUCCCAUCUGAAGAAGAAUUAAACAGACUGUUACAGAAAACUUUCACAAGAACCGUUAGAAAAGGCUACACUGUUGUUGAUAAUUUUAUCUUGCCAGAACGAUACCAUGAAAUGAAAAAAGAUAUUAAUGAGUUUGAAGUAUAUGACACAGAUUUGUGGAUUUGUGGAUUUCCAAAAACAGGAACUACGUGGAUAUCUGAAAUAGCGUGGUUAAUUGUUAACAACUUUGAUUACGAACAGGCCAAAUUACCUGAUUACAAAAGAACUAGAAUGAUGGAAUUUAGCAUGCUUUUUGACAUCAAAAAAGAAGUGUUAUUUGGAGGUGAAGAAUAUGAAAUGGAUUCAAUUGGUUAUGCGAAAUCUCAAAAUCAUCCUAGAACAAUUAAAUCACAUUUGCCGUUUAAACUUUUACCACAACAAAUUUCGGGUAAUAUUGUACAACCUAAGAUAAUUUAUACCGCCAGAAAUACAAUGGAUACUUGCAUUUCUUACUUCCACCAUUGCAAAGGUUAUGAAGGAUUUACAGGAACGUUUGAAGAGUUUUCUAAAUUGUUCCUUUUUGAUAAGGUAAAUUAUGGACCAUAUUAUAAGCACGUCUUACAAUUCUGGGAAUUAAGGCACAAACCAAAUAUAUUUUUUGUCACAUACGAAGAAAUGAAAAAUGAUAUAACAGGAAUAAUUCAAAAAGUUGCAGACUUUUUGGGAAAAACCGUGUCGAAAGAGGAUGUUAAGCGCUUGCAAGAAUAUGUGUCCUUUGAUUCCAUGAAGGAAAAUCCGGCGGUCAAUAAGGAAUUUGUGAAUAAACACAUUGAAGCUACAACAGGUAAAAAAGACGCGAUCUUUAUUAGAGAAGGUAAAUCGGGAGGAUACAAGAACGUCAUGUCUCAGGAAUUAAUUGCACAGUUUUGUUACUGGACAGAUAAAAGAUUGCAAGGUUCAGGACUAAAUCUUCUCUAAAAAUUAAAAUUCUACUAUUAUAAUCAACUGAUUGUUUUCACUUGUAGAGCAUAAUAGAUGGUGAAAUAAUUUCUGUAUUUGAAUAAUUACAAAUUUAAAAUAUGUGGUCAAAAUGAAAAUUCGUUACACUUGUUUUAUCUGAACUUUCCUCUCCUCUGACGCACAAUCAAUCUUGGGUGCAUGUUACAGCGUAUUUAAAGUGAAGAUUAAUGUAUCAGUUUUUCACACAGAUAAGUUUACUGUUACCUCCAGUCCUACAAAAUGUAAUGAAAUUAAACGGAUUGGUGUUGAAAUCAUAAAAAAAAGUGGAGAUGAUCGAAUCUUGCCAUGUCUACAAAGAGAUUGAUGUUAUUAAA